AUGUCGCCCACAGAAUUGUCAGGUGACCUGGGCUAUGUCACUAGCUUCCAGACUGGCGGUGUGCAGUUAGAGGCGGAGCUUCUUUGCGGUCAACUCUUCACGCUGAUGUUACAUGCUCAGGAUGAGCACUGCAGCAGUGAGCCCAGUGAACCUCAGCUUUUCAAGACAGGUCCAUGCAUACCACAUGACGUCCACAGCUUCAUGCUCUGCGAGGAUGACAGAGGAGCCGUCAGCUGGGCUGAAAGUGACGGCGCGGACACGUACAUUGCCAUAGCGGUGGGACGAGACGGACACACGCACGUCUGUACCAGCAACACGACCAGUUGCAUCUGGGACGACCUUCACUGCGGCGAGGUCUAUACCGCUCACAUUGUGGCAAACGACUUCUUGUGCAGCAGUAUGCCAAGCAACAGCACCACCAUCCGCAUGGCGAGCUGCAUCCCAGACAACCUGCGGGUGGAGCUGAACUGCAGCAUGAAGGUAGCGUCUGUCAGUUGGGACCCCAGUGACACGGCCCUCUCCUACGUGGUUACUGCUGAAACCAAUGAAGGGCACAAACUCCAGCAGAGCACAAACAGUACAACAGUGUUCUUCUCUGAGUUCCUGUGUGGUCAUCUCUACUUCCUGUCGGUUCAAGCGGUGGAUGCAGAGUGCAUCAGCGAUCCAAGUGCUGUGAUGGAGCUGAACUCAGUUCCCUGUCCACCUGCAGGCGUGUCCAGCUCGAUAAACUGCGUGUCCAACAUCGCUGUGGUGUCUUGGAGAGCUUCACGUGGUGCAGAAUUCUACACAGCCACGGUUAUGCAGGAAGACGGCCAGUUGGAGAGCUGCUGGUCUGACAUUGAACAUUGUGGGAUGUCCAGCCUCAACUGUGGAAUGAACCACAGCGUCAUUGUAGUCGCGUCCGACCAGAGCUGCAACUCUGACCCCAGUGAAGUCCAUUAUCUGCAAUCAGUUCCGUGUGUUCCCAAGGAUGUGGAUGUCAAGAUGAACUGUGAUACUGGAGUGGCGACAAUCUCUUGGACACCCAGCAGGGGGGCGACUUCUUACUCUGUGAUUGCCCAGAGUUCGCUGGGUGCCACAUCCACCUGUGACACCUUGGACCUCAACUGCACACUUAGCAACCUGACGUGUGGACACGUCUUCACUGUGCAGGUGGCAGCACAGGACGAGGUCUGCUCCAGCCUGCCAAGUCCAGCUCAAACGUUUCAUUCAGUCCCCUGCACCCCUGUCCUCGGCUCGGUGGUCCUGGACUGCUUCACUGACUCUGCGCUCAUCGACUGGAGCUUCACUGAGGGGGCACAGAGCUACUUCAUUUCCGCUCACUCUACCUCUGGCCAUGUCUCCACAUGUGUGUCCAAUUUGACCCACUGUGAGCUGCCAGGACUGUCCUGUGGGGAAGCGUACGAAAUUGUUGCUUAUGCGACAAACCAACAGUGCCGCGGUGGCCCUAGUAACCGCCUGCAGCUCCAGUCAGCGCCUUGUCCUCCUGAGGAUGUCCUCAUGGACAUAGACUGUUCCACCAACACGGUCAAUGUCAGCUGGGCAAUUGGCACAGGUGCCGACUUCUAUGUUGUACAGGCCACUGGUGUGGAAGCGCAUGAAUCCAGCUGUGAGAGCACAGACCUCCACUGCACGUUAUCAGAUCUCUUCUGUGGUUUCAUCUACAAUGUCAGCGUGACUGCUGUCAACCAAGCUUGUAAUGUGUCUCACAGUGCUGUAACCCAGAUCCACACAGUUCCAUGUGUUCCCCAGCAGGUAGAGGCGCAGGUGAAUUGUGAGUCAGGUGCAUUGGCGGUCUCUUGGGAGCCCAGCCGAGGGGCGUGGCAGUACACAGCAGUCGCCCAGGGGAACGGUGGCUAUGCGUCGACUUGCAAUAGCAGCCAAACAUCCUGUUUGUUCUCUGACUUAUUGUGUGGACUCAACUAUACCAUCACUGUUAAUGCGGCUGAUGGAUCCUGUUCCACCACAGGAAGCUCCGCCCUCGCAAUCACCACGGUUCCGUGUGUUCCACAGAUGGUGGCUGCAGAAAUGGAGUGUGAGAGUCACAUUGGCAUGGUGACCUGGGAGGAGGGGGAGGGCGUGGAUUCCUACACCGUGCGAGCAGUAGGACCCGACGGACACUCUGUAGAAUGUCACAGCGGCACAAACAACUGUUCACUACCCAACAUGCACUGCGGUCAGCUCUACAAUUUGAGUGUGACAGCUCAGGACAGGCAGUGCCACAGCAGCCCUGCCCCGUUAUCCCUGCAGUCAGUACCGUGCCAGCCCACUUCUGUACGUACGGCACUGCAGUGCCAGGCGGGCUCAGUGGCUGUGACGUGGGAGCACAGCAGCGGGGCACUCUACUAUUCAGCUGUCGCUGAAGCCACUGAGGGCCACCAGGUGGCCUGCAACAACACAGAGACUCACUGCGACCUGAUCGAGCCACUUUGUGGGCGGAGCUACAAUGUCACAGUCUUGGCCAACAAUCGUGCAUGCUCCAGUGCAGAGAGUGCUGCGGCCACUGUACUGUCAGCUCCGUGUCCGCCACAGAAUGUGGAAGUGACUUCACUGUGUGAGCAAGGAGCCAUACUUGUCACCUGGUCACAUGACCAUGACGUUGACCUCUUCCAUGUGAAGGCGAUAAGCGAUGACGAGGUGGAACUUUCCUGCGACACCAGCAGCUCCUCCUGCACCAUCAGACACCUCCCGUGUGGGCAGAGGUACAACGUCACAGUGACAUCAGUCAGAGACAACUGUGAGAGCGAAGCCAGCACCUCAGUGGUGGCGUCUUCAGCUCCGUGUGUUCCGCAGAACGUCAUGACCCAGCUAGAUUGUGUGUCCAACUCUGCUUGGGUUACUUGGGAUGAAGCGGAUGGCGCCAAGAGCUACCAGGUCCUCGGAGAGGAGGUGGGGACAGAGCACAAUUCCACCUGUAGCUCCACCUCCUCGCCCUGCAGCGUUCCAGAUCUCAAGUGUGGAACUCGGUACGUCUUCCACGUUAGGGCCAUCAACCGACAGUGUUCUAGUAACCAAAGCCAAACCAUGCAGCUGGAAACAGGACCAUGUGGCCUCUCAUCGAUUUCGGUCAAGUUGGCAUGUGACAGUGGCAUCAUGGUGGAGUGGACGCUGGUGGACAACACCCAGCUCUACCUGGUCACAGCUGAGGCCUCAGACCUGUCCAUGGUCUCCUGCAACAGUUCGACAGACUCGUGCAUCCUGACGGGUGUCAAGUGUGAUGAGACUUACAGCGUCAUUGUGUCUGCCUCGUCGGAUAAAUGCAGUGGCCUCAGGAGCCCCCCCAGCAGGAUCCACACAGUGCCGUGUGCUCCUGCUGGCAUCCGUGCAAUUCCGUCCUGUGACCGUAACAGCACCGAGGUGACAUGGAGCUCCUCUCCUGUGGCCAAAUCUUACCACCUGACAGCACAUGGGGAGGAUGGUCACAUGUUUGAGUGCCACACUCAGGUCAACAACUGUUCACUGACAGGCAUGCGCUGCAGUCACAACUAUAACCUCAGUGUGGUGGCCUCUGGUGACAACUGCAGCAGCCCUGCCACCACUGCAACCAUGUUUACAGACCUUGUGGUGGUUCCAUACUGCCACACCAACUCAGCACUUCUGUCUUGGACUGCCUCUCCUGGGGCAUUGCAGUACUUUGGCUCUGCCUUUUCCAAUGAGGACUCCACCCUUUCCUGUGACAGCAUUGGCACAACGUGUAAUGUGUCAGGUCUCGAGUGCAGUCGCACUUACAACUUCUCUGUGGUGGCGUCGGACGGUGUCUGUAACAGCUCCUACAGCGCCACUGUAAUGGCUGGGGCAGUGCCUUGCCCUCCAGAGGUUCCCCGACUCAAGUUCAGGCAGAUGGGACAGAAGCAUUGGGCUCAAGUGUCGUGGACGGCAGUCUCCUGUCCGCAGGUCGAGUACCUCGUCGAGGUCAGCGGCCAGAUCAACAACAGCCCACAGGCCAGGAUGAAUCUGACGUCCUAUUGGCUGUCAAGACCAUACUUUGAGACUCCGCUACCGUGCAGCACCAGCUACAACCUGACUGUCCGAGCACGUAAUGCCGCUGGAGUCAGUGAUCUGUCUGACACCCUCACUGGAUUCUCUGUUCCAUGUGCACCUGCGACUGUUACAUACAGUGGGAACUCCGAGUCUGCCACUCUCACGUGGACAGAAUCCAUGUUUGCCACAAGCUACAAUGUCUACAAUCUGACGGACUUCUACCCAACAUCCACUGAGGUCACGGCAAGCAACGCCAAUGGGGAGAGUUUGGCGAACACCAUCAUCACAGGUCCAGUGGAACGUCGCCGUAGAAGAGAUCUGAGAGCGAGUAAAGUCCAGUCCACUUUCAAUAAAGAUCUGGAAAUUCCAAUGCCAGUCAAAGUCGAGGUGCGUGGUGUCUCGCUACACGUGAAGUGGACCCCAGUGGCUGAUGCGGCCGACUACACGCUAGUGUUCGAAGAGGAUGAUGGAAAGCACCGGGUCAUUCGGGUCGUAGAGGGAAACUCUCACAAAGAAUCCAACCUGCGACCUCAGACUCACUACUGUCUGCGCCUAGCUGCCAGGAACAACGUGAACCGCAGCAGCUACAGCAGGCCAGUGUGUCGGACCACAGGCCAACUGUGA